AUGAAGAUCACUCUCUUUUUACUUGCACUAGCUACCACUGCAUUCGCUCAGCAACAGACGCUAUGUGACCAGUAUGGCUAUUAUGCCAGCGGCAGUUACAGUGUCAACAACAAUCUUUGGGGGAAGGAUUCUGGGACUGGCUCUCAGUGCUCUUACGUCAACUCCGUCUCGGGUUCAGGCAUCUCGUGGUACACUACAUGGACCUGGUCUGGUAGUGAAAACAACGUGAAGAGCUACCCCAACUCGGGUUUAGUGAAUCUGAAGAAGCAGCACGUCAGCCAAAUUAGUAGUAUCCCUACUUCGGUGAAAUGGAGCUACGACAACACCAAUAUCCGCGCCGACGUCUCGUAUGACCUUUUCACAGCCGCAGAUAUCAACCACAAUACCUAUAGCGGUGACUAUGAACUCAUGAUCUGGCUGGCCAGAUAUGGCCAGGUUCAACCCAUAGGUUCCCGGAUUGCGACGGCCUCCGUGGGUGGCAAUACCUGGGAGCUGUGGUACGGUGCCAACGGUGCGCAGAAGACGUACAGCUUUGUUGCUUCCAGCCCUAUUACCUCUUGGAGCGGGGAUAUCAAAGGCUUUUUUGACUACUUAACUCAGCACCAAGGCUAUCCAGCCAGCAGUCAAUAUCUCAUCACCAUGCAAUUUGGAACAGAGCCAUUCACCGGCGGGAAGUCUACAUUUACGGUGUCAAACUGGUCUGCCAAUGUGAACUAG